UGCGAAUACAUAUGGCGAAUAUUCUUUUCUAUAAGGUGGACAUAACUUCUGACCAAAACCAACAUCUUACCACACCUCUGUUAGUUAGAAAGACAACAGGAAAACCGAAAAUUGCGAAUUUAUACCGACUCAAUCGAUAUAACUCGUAGAAAUUUUCUAGAAACGACUUAUUACUUAUACCAUCCUUGAAAAGUUCCCAACGAAAAUUUCGAAGACUUUUUAAUACCACAUAUCAUCGAGUAAUUUAAAAGAAACACAGUUGCAUUCAAGUUCAUAAUGGAUAUUUCGCAAUCUCGCCAAACUGUUGAAGAAAGCAUGAACCAACUUUCCAUGUCUCCCCCCGAUAAACCUUCCUUCCUUACAAGCCAACUUCGUGCUCCAGGUUCAUAUAAGCAACCCCCAAAGCGUGCCUUGAAGCCAUUUGCUUCUGAGGAUAUUAAGAUCCUGUUGUUGGAAAACGUCAACCAAUCUGCCUUGUGCAAAUUGAAGGAACAAGGUUAUCAGGUUGAAUUUUUAAAGUCUUCUCUUAGUGAAGAUGAACUCGUUGAGAAGAUUAAGGGUGUUCAUGCCAUCGGUAUCCGUUCCAAGACCCGUUUGACUCGUCGUGUCUUGGAAGCUGCCGACAAUCUAAUCGUCAUCGGUUGUUUCUGUAUCGGUACUAACCAAGUGGAUUUGGAAUUUGCUGCUGAACGUGGUAUUUCUGUCUUCAACUCUCCAUAUGCCAACUCUCGUUCGGUCGCCGAACUUGUCAUUGGUGAAAUCAUCUGCUUGUCUCGCCAGGUUGGUGAUCGCUCUAUGGAAAUUCACAAUGGUGAAUGGAAUAAGGUUUCUAAUGGCUGCUGGGAGAUCCGUGGUAAGACCUUGGGUAUCAUCGGAUAUGGUCACAUUGGUUCCCAACUUUCCGUUCUUGCUGAAGCUAUGGGACUUCAUGUCAUCUAUUACGAUGUUCUUCCCAUCAUGCCUUUGGGUUCUGCCAAGCAAUUGAGCUCUCUUCAUGAGCUUCUCCGCCGUGCUGAUUUCGUCUCCUGCCACGUUCCUGCUUCCCCUGAAACGAAGAAGAUGAUUUCUCAUGCCGAAUUUGCUGCCAUGAAAAACGGUAGCUAUCUCAUUAAUGCUUCUCGUGGUACUGUUGUUGACAUUCCUUCCAUGAUUGCCGCUAGCAAGAGCGGUAAGCUUGCUGGUGCUGCUAUCGAUGUCUACCCUGCUGAACCUGCUGGUAAUGGCAAGGGUAAGUUCGCCGAUAGCUUGAAUGAUUGGACUAGCGAAUUAUGUUCUUGCAGAAACAUCAUCAUGACUCCUCACAUUGGUGGUAGUACUGAAGAGGCUCAAUACAACAUCGGUCUUGAAGUUAGUGAGGCUCUCACUCGCUAUAUCAAUGAGGGUAACAGUGUUGGUGCUGUUAACUUCCCUGAGGUUUCCUUGCGUAGUCUUACCGAGGCUGACACCAAUGUUGUCCGUGUCUUGUUUGCUCACAAGAACGUACCAGGUGUUCUUCGACAAGUCAAUGAAAUCCUUGUUAACCACAACAUUAAAGCUCAAUUCUCCGACUCCCGCGGAGAGAUUGCUUACUUGGUUGCUGACAUUAGCGAUUGCUCACCUAGUUCCUUGGAGACUUUGCACUCCAAGUUGGAGUGUUUGCCUGGUAAAAUUAAUACUCGUCUUUUGUAUUAAAAUGAAUGACAUCGGCCCAGCUACAAUUCAAAAGUGCUUUUUUUGGUACUCAAUAUUGGCACAUGGUUUUUUUUCUUAUUCUCUUCUCUUCUUCUUCUUCUUCUUCUUCAAUAUUAAUCCGAAUCCUUUCUUUUCUUUUCUGCUCGGGUCUGUCGCGGACAUUUUAUGGUAUGCAUUGGAAUCCAGAAAAAAAAUUUCCUCUGCAUAUUCAAGAAAUUGGAUCCUUCAACUGAUCCCUUCUUGUUUUCGAAUCCAAAAAUUUAGAUAAUGGUACUUUGUACGAAUCUACAAUGCUUUCUGGUAUGGUUAAUUUUUAUGAAAACAGUUUUCUCUGGUUUAUGUUCUUCAACGACAAUCAGAAUAUCAUGAACAAAGUUGUGUUACACAUAUAUUUAAAAAAUUUUAUUAAUUUCCUGAAUUAAUUAGUUAUUAAUACUAUCUGCGUUAGUUCUUUCCAAGUUUAACAUCGCUCAAGUGAACAUAAGUGAAAACAUUCAUUUUAUGUAGCAGAAAUAAUGAUUACAUUUAUUAGCAAGGUCGA